CAUUACUUAUAUCCGCUCUUUUCCUCCUGUUUAAACUUCUUCCCUUCCCACUCUCUUCUUUCCUUGUCACUCUGGUCGCUUCCACUCACUCAAGACAGACCUGUCAACGGACUACUGUCUCCGCUCAGCAGCUCGUCGCAUUGCAAGCUAUCCCAGUCUAGACACGUCUACACUCCCUUCCUCGACGGAGAGAGUCGCCCACCAUGGCUGCGAAACGGCCCAACAUCCUCUACAUUAUGGCCGACCAGAUGGCGGCCCCGCUUCUGGCCUUCCAUGACAAGGACUCACCCAUUAAGACUCCCAACCUCAACAAGCUAGCUGAAGAGGGUGUGGUGUUCGAUUCCGCCUACUGCAACGCGCCUCUAUGCGCGCCAUCACGUUUCGUUAUGGUGACCGGCCAACUGCCCUCCAAGAUUGGAGCGUACGACAAUGCCUCCGAUCUGCCGGGGGAUGUUCCCACCUACGCCCACUACCUCCGACGCGAGGGUUAUCACACUGCAUUGGCGGGCAAAAUGCACUUUUGCGGUCCUGAUCAGCUGCACGGAUACGAACAGCGCUUGACUAGCGAUAUCUACCCUGGCGAUUACGGCUGGUCCGUCAACUGGGACGAACCCGAUAUCCGUCCCGAUUGGUACCACAACAUGUCUUCGGUCAUGGAGGCCGGUCCGGUUGUUCGCACAAACCAGCUCGACUUCGACGAGGAGGUCAUGUACAAAUCCACUCAGUAUCUUUACGAUCAUGUGCGCCAACGCGGCGAUCAGCCCUUUUGUUUGACCGUGUCAAUGACCCAUCCGCAUGAUCCCUAUGCUAUGACUAAAGAAUACUGGGAUCUGUAUGAGGAUGUGGAAAUUCCACUCCCCAAGCACGGCGCAAUUCCCCACGGUCAGCAGGACCCACACUCUCAGCGGGUGCUAAAGUGCAUUGACCUGUGGGGCAAGGAAAUGCCGGAGGAGCGCAUCAAGGCCGCCCGGCGCGCAUACUAUGCCGCCUGCACCUACGUUGACACCAAUGUCGGUAAAUUACUGAAGGUUCUGGACAAUUGUGGCUUGCGCGACGACACCAUUGUGGUCUUCACUGGCGAUCACGGCGACAUGCUGGGCGAGCGUGGCUUGUGGUACAAGAUGACGUGGUACGAAGGGUCGGCGCGGGUGCCAAUGAUCGUUCAUUCGCCGAAGCGCUUCGCGUCUAAGCGUGUGUCGGAGAACGUAUCGACGAUGGAUCUGCUCCCGACGUUUGCGGAUCUGGUCGGCGCGCCCUUGGUUCGCGAGCUGCCGCUGGACGGCGUCUCGCUGCUGCCAUACCUGACGGGCGGCGAUGGAGUCAAGACCGAUACCGUGCUGGGCGAGUACAUGGCGGAGGGUACACAGUCUCCCACGGUCAUGAUCCGACGUGGGCGGUGGAAGUUUGUCUACUCGCUGAUUGACCCUCCGAUGCUGUUCGACGUGACUGCUGAUCCGGAGGAGCGCGUCAAUCUGGUCGCGGGCCUGCCUGACCCAUCUAAGCCACUCGGUGUCAAUGGCAAGCUGACGGGCCAGGCCGACCACCCAGCUCCCCUACCUACCCCCAAUGACUUCCCGCGCGUCUCGCGCGGUCCCGACGAGGCCUCCUCCUUCCCGUUCCCGACCCCUCCCCGCACCCCAAGCCCAUCGAAGCACUCCACGGUGCUGCCCGAAACUAGCGAUCCCGCCAAGCUUCUCGCGCACUUCGUCGAGGAAGUGCACACUCGCUGGAACCUGGAGCAGAUCCGCGAAGACGUGCUCCGGUCCCAGCGUCGUCGCCGACUAGUCUACUCCGCCCUGAUCAAGGGUGUCCCAUCCAUCUGGGACUACGAGCCGCGCAUCGACCCGAGCACCCAGUACGUGCGCAACCAAAGCAAGGGGGCAUUGGACGACGUGGAGCUGAUUUCGCGAUGGCCGCGCGUGUUGCAGCAGGCGGCGAACGCAGUGGGGAGGGUGUAGACGACGAGGAUGCACAUUCUUCCAUUCACUGAACUGAUUCGAUGAUUUUUGUUUCUUUUCAAAAAGUGCCUGCUUACUUG